AUGGCAAACACCCCUAGUUCAGAUCCAGAUUUAGAGUUUUCUCCAGCGGAGCUUCAAAGCUUAGCACGGGUUUUGAGCAUACUCUCAAAUAUCAAAGUUGUGAGGUUAGCUUUGAAAUCAAAGAACAAACUAAGAUUCAUUGAUGGAACUAUACAAAAAUCGAAUAAGGAUGAUCCAACUUUUAUAGCUUGGGAUAAAUGCAACAUAUAUGUUGUAGCUUGGAUUAAUUUGUCAUUGAGUACUGAAAUUGCACAGAGUGUAGUUUGGAAUGAGAUUGCUGUAGAUCAGUGGGUUGAUUUAAAGCAUAGGUAUUAUCAUGGAGAUUUGUUUAAGAUUGCUAAGCUAGAAGAAGAAUUACACACAAUGAAACAGGGAGAUUUAACCAUCACAGGAUACUACACAAAGAUGAAGGCAGUUUGGAAAGAAAUUGAAGGCUUCUAG